UCAUUGUUCAAAAUAAAAUGUAGUGAUCUGUGUUUGAGUUUUACUCACAAUAAUCAACAUUUUUCAUGUAAAAAUACAUUGAAUAUUUUGAAUGUAACUCCAACAUUAAUUACAUUAAAAAUGUCCGAAUCCUCAAAAUCGAAAUCUUCUAACUUAAAUGCUACACCUACCUUGCAAUGUAAAGAUCUACACGAGUAUCUUAAAAGUCGGUCUUCUCAGUUUUUGGAGACUCUAUACAAUUACCCUACAAUUUGUUUAGCAGUGUAUAGAGAAUUGCCAGAACUGGCUCGACACUUUAUAAUUCGCCUUCUUUUUGUCGAACAGCCAGUCCCACAAGCAGUUGUUGCAUCGUGGGUCACACAAACACAUGCUAAGGAACAAAGCAAAGCUUCUGAGGCAUUAUCAGAACUGUCAGUAUGGCAUGAGGCACCUAUACCUGGAGGCUUACCGGGAUGGUUAUUAUCACAGUCAUUUAAGAAAAAUUUAAAAAUUGCUCUUUUGGGUGGUGGCCGCCCAUGGAGUAUGUCUCAAACCUUGGAACCAGAUGGCAAAGCCAGGGAUGUAGCAUUCUUAGAUGCCUAUGCACUUGAGCGAUGGGAAUGUGUUCUUCAUUACAUGGUUGGCAGUCAGCAAACAGAAGGAAUUAGUGCUGAUGCUGUAAGGAUAUUGCUUCAUGCCGGACUCAUGACUAGAGAUGCGGAGGAUGGCUCAGCGGUUAUAACCAAAGCUGGCUUUCAGUUCCUUUUGCUCAGUACGGCUAAACAAGUAUGGUUAUUCCUUCAACAUUAUCUACAUACUGCGGAGAAGAGGAAUCUGAGUUCAGCGGAAUGUUUAGCUUAUCUAUACCAACUCAGUUUUAGUACUCUUGGAAAGGAUUAUAGUACAGAAGGCAUGAGCAACAAUAUGCUAAUGUUUUUACAGCAUUUGAGGGAGUUUGGACUCGUCUAUCAGAGAAAGCGAAAAGCGGGUCGCUUUUACCCCACGCGUCUGGCGCUGAAUAUAACCUGUGUUCGAGAUGGUAUAGCGCCGUUGGAAGCCAAAAGGUCCCAAGGGUAUAUAGUCGUUGAGAGUAAUUAUCGACUUUACGGCUAUACGCAGAGCACAUUGCAAGUCGCACUAUUGGGACUCUUCACCGAGCUAAUGUAUAGGUUCCCUAAUUUGGUGGUCGGAGUGAUAACUCGUGAAUCAGUGCGUCAGGCGUUUCGAGGUGGAAUCUCUGCGCAACAGAUCAUCAAGUUUCUGGAGCAGCAUGCACAUCCACAGAUGCUGUGUGCUGAAUCUGGUGGUAUCCGGACAUCGUCGCUUCUCCCGCCAACAGUCGUGGAUCAAAUAAGACUUUGGGAGAGUGAGAGGAACCGCUUCACGUACACCGAGGGAGUGGUCUACAACCAGUUCUUAUCACAGGCUGAUUUCGUAGUAUUACGAGAUUAUGCGCGUACGCAGGGCGUACUAAGUUGGCAGAACGAGCGCACUCGUACUAUGGUUGUGACAAGACCGGGACACGAUGACGUCAAGAAGUUCUGGAAACGCUACUCCAAGUCCUCAUAGACCAAAAAUGACAAAAUAUGGAGAAAAUUAAACACUAGAGUAAUAAAAACUGAUGUCUACUUAUAAAAUACCUAGAUUAAGUUGUAUAUUGUAAAUAAAUUUUUAUAUUAA